ACGCGGCGGCGGCGACGCCGACAGCCGCAGCACGAGUGUCCCGAGACAGCCGCGAACCGAAGGCGGUGAGGCCCGGCCCCCCGCCGUCCCGGGGAUAGAGAAGCCGUGGCCGCCCUGCGGCCGACCGGGACUCCCGUGACGCGCUCGUACCCUCGCUCGGCUCCGUCACCCUCCGGGACCCCGGCUGCACCAUGUUCAAGAAACUGAAGCAGAAGAUCAGCGAGGAGCAGCAGCAGCAGCUCCAGCAGCAGGCUUCCUCCAACUCUUCAACACCAACACGAUCUAGAAGCAGGACAUCUUCAUUCACAGACCAACUUGAUGAGGUCACACCCAAUAGAGAGCUGCUAGCCGGGAUGAUAGCAGAGCCUGCUUUUCUCUCUGAGUAUACUGUCUUUGCUUUGGAUUCCUCCAAGCAGCCUAAAGCACAGAGUGACAGUGUGAAUGCCUCUCAUGCUACAAAAUCUCCAGAUGGUGUUACUAGAAGUGAAUCAUCCACGCCUCAGUCAGGUGACACACAGACUUUUACACAGAAGCUCCAACUCCGGGUUCCUUCCGUGGAGUCUUUGUUUCGAAGUCCCAUAAAGGAAUCUCUGUUCCGAUCUUCCAAAGAGUCUUUGGUACGGGCAUCUUCCAGAGAAUCCCUGAAUCAACUUGACCUGGACUGUUCCCCUGCCUUUGACCCACCUUCCGAUAUGGAGAGUGAGGCUGAAGAUGCACAGGGGGCUCCAGGCAAUCUCAGCACAGAGCAGUUGCUUCAGCGGUUGAGAAGAAUGGAACGAAGCUUAAGCAGCUACAGAGGAAAAUAUUCUGAGAUUGUUACAGCUUACCAGACUCUUCAGAGAGAGAAGAAAAAACUUCAAGGCAUAUUAAGUCAAAGUCAAGAUAAAUCACUUCGGAGAAUAUCAGAAUUAAGAGAGGAGCUCCAAAUGGAUCAGCAAGCAAAGAAACAUCUCCAGGAUGAGUUUGAUGCAUCUUUAGAGGAGAAAGAUCAGAUCAUCAGUGUGCUCCAAACUCAGGUAUCGCUCCUGAAACAGCGAUUACGAAAUGGCCCAGUGAAUGUGGAUGUACCCAAACCGCUCCCUCCGAUGGACUCCCAUGCUGAAGUAGGCAAGCACGAGGAGAUCACAGAGAGUGUCGGGGAGCCAAUAGGGGGUGAUGCUUCCAUGAAGACCCUGGAAACACUUCAACAAAGAGUUCGACGCCAGGAGAAUCUGCUUCAGCGUUGCAAGGAGAGCCUGCAGUCACGGAAGGAGCAGUGUACACUGCUGGCCAGUGAAAAGGAAGCGCUCCAAGAACAGCUCGAUGAGAGGCUCCAAGAGCUGGAAAAGAUGAAGGAGCUUCAUAUGGCUGAGAAGACUAAACUUAUCACUCAGUUGCGUGAUGCAAAGAACUUAAUUGAACAGCUUGAACAAGAUAAGGGAAUGGUAAUUACAGAGACAAAGCGUCAGAUGCAUGAGACCCUGGAGCUGAAAGAUGAAGAGAUCACUCAGCUUCGCAGUCGUAUCAGGCAGAUGACAACCCAGGGAGAGGAGCUACGGGAGCAGAAAGAAAAGUCUGAAAGAGCUGCUUUUGAGGAACUUGAAAAGGCUUUGAGUGCAGCUCAAAAAUCUGAAGAGGCCCAGAGAAAAAUGAAGGCAGAAAUGGAUGAACAGAUAAAGGCCAUUGAGACAUCCAGUGAGGAGGAGCGUGCCAGUCUCCAGCACGAGCUUAGCCGCGUGAAGCAGGAGGUUGCUGAGCUAAUGAAAAAAUCCUCAGAGGAACAGGUUGUUAAACUCCAGAAGCUGCAUGAGAAGGAGCUGGCUAGCAGAGAGCAGGAGCUGACCAAGAAGCUUCAGGCCCAAGAACGCGAACUGCAAGAUCAGCUGAAGAUAGCUCUUGAAAAGAGUCGAUCAGAAUAUUUGAAGCUCAUCCAAGAAAAAGAACAGCAAGGAUCAUUGGCCCUGGAAGAGUUAGAGUUGCAGAAAAAAGCAAUUCUUGUAGAAAGUGAAAAUAAACUCCUAGAGCUUCAGCAAGAAACAGAGGCUUACAGAACUAGAAUUCUUGAAUUGGAAACCUCUUUGGAAAAAAGCUUGGAAGAAAGCAAAACUCAAUCAGAGCAAUUAGCUGUUCAUUUGGAAGCUGAAAAAAAUAAGCACAAUAAAGAGAUUACAAUCAUGGUUGAAAAACAUAAGUCAGAACUAGAGAGCCUGCAGCAUCAGCAAAGUGACCUGUGGGCUGAAAGACUGCAGGCCUUAGAGCAGCAGCAUCAGACCUACGUGGAAACCCUUAGAGAAAAGUAUGAACAGGAGAAAGAAACGUUGCUGAAGGAUAAAGAGGUUCUUUUCCAGGCUCACAUUCAGGACAUGAAUGAAAGGACCUUAGAAAAGCUUGAUGUGAAGCAAACAGAACUGGAGUCCUUAUCUUCUGAGCUGUCAGAGGUGCUGCAAGGCCGUGACAGGCUCGUAGAGGAGCUGUCUGCCCUCAGGGAUCAAGCAGACAACAUGAAGCAGGAACUAGAGGCCAAGCUGGAUGAACAGAAAAGUCACCACCAGCAGGAAGUGGACAGUAUCAUGAAAGAUCACGAACUCUCCCUCCAGAGAGCUGAGGCCACGUUAAAGGAUCAGAUCCAGCAGCUGGGGCUCGUCCUGCAGGAGAAGGACGAGCAUCUACGAGAGCUUCAGGCUCGGCUGGGCAGUCUGGAGGCGCACAGCCGCAGGGCUGACGGGGAGCUGCAGCAGGCCUCUGCUCAGCUGAGCGCUGUCCAGUCCCGCCAGAGCUCCUCGCACGAGCAGGCCCGAGCGUUCGAGGAGCGCUUGGCCCAGCUGCAGCAGACGGUGAUAGACCUCGAAGCAGAAAGAGAUCUUCUUACCAAACGGGUAGCUGAAACCGAAGCAGAAAAGAAAGAUGUCUGCCUGGCAGUGGACGCUCACAAAGCCCAGGUGCGGCAGCUCGAGCAGCGGAAUGAGGAGCUGGAGCGGAAGGUGGAGUCGCUAAGCCAGCUCUGUGAGUCGCAGCGGAAGGACAGGGACACAGAGCAGGAGCAGGCCAGGCAACUCCUGAUGGACAAGGAAAAUAUGAUUGUGCAAAUGAGAGGACAGAGCCAAGAAAUUGAGAUUCUCAAGCAGAAAUUGUCUUCUAAGGAGGACAGCAUUAGUGUUCUGCAAGAGGACUAUGAAAGCAAACUUAAAACUCAAGAAAAGAAAAUAGAAAAAAUUAAGCAGAAAGUGAAGGAGAUGCAGGAAACAAAGAAGAAGCUGCUGGACCAGGAAGCCAGGCUUAAAAAGGAGCUGGAGAACACCGUCCUGGAGCUCAGCCACAAAGAGCAGCAGUUCCGUGCCCAAGUGCUGGAGCUGGAGCUGGCGCAGGCGAACGCGGCUGGACUCAGUGACGUAGUGUCAAGGCUGGAGACCAGCCACAAGGAGCAAAUGGAAAGUCUUGCUUCUGGGCACCAGCGAGAGCUCAGCGAAGUCAUAUCAAGCUGGGAACGGAAGCUCAGCGAGCAAGCCGAGGAGCUUCGGGAGAAACAUGGAGUCCAGCUGCAGGAGAGAGAGCUGGAGGUAGCGGAGCUGAAGCAGCAGGUCAUCCUGUGUGGACGCGAGAAGGAGGAGAUGAGCCAGGAGAUAGCGGGGCUGAAGGAAGAGGGCGGCCGGCAGGGUGCAGCCUUGGCUGAGCUGCAGGAGCAGCUCCGGCAGCAGUCUGUCCAUCUGGCCCAGAACGAAGCCACCUUGCAGACGCACAUGCAGGAGCUGGAGGCGGAGCGGACUCGGUCUCUGGCGGAGAAGGCGUCUCUCCAGGAGCAGCUCGCUGAGCUGAGGACACUGGCGGAAAGAGAACAGACCUGGAAGCUCCAGGUCUCCGAGUUGACCGGGAAGUUGAAGACCACCGAGGCGGAAUUCCAGAGUUUGAAAUCUUUACAUGAAAGAAGAGAGAAAAGCCUGGAGGACAAAAGCUUAGAAUUCAAAGCUCUGCUGGAGGAAGUAGUCCUCAGGAAAACUGGAGCUUUAUUAGAAGCUAAAACCAAUGAGCUCAUGGCCAUCAGCAGUGGUAAAACCAGUGCUGUUCUCACGAGGCUUUCCCGUUGCCAGCACCAGGCGGCUGAAGUGAGGGAGGCGCUGCUGGUGAAAGCCCGCAGGGUCUCUGAGCUGCAAGGCCAGCUCGAGGCCCUGGCGGAGGAGCGGCACACGCUGAAGAGCUCUCUCCAGCACGCCACCCUUCAGCUAGAAGAGAAGGAGGGCCAGAUUAGGAACCUGAAGACUGACAUUAAAGGUCUUGUCACAGAAAAAGAAGCCUUACAGAAAGAAGGAGGCCACCAACAGCAGGCUGCCUCUGAAAAGGAGUCUUGCAUCACGCAGUUGAAGAAAGAGUUAUCAGAAAACAUCAAUGCUGUCACACUGAUGAGAGAAGAGCUCGCAGAAAAGAAACACGAGAUUAGCAGUCUUCGUGCCCAGCUGACGGAACUGAGCGCCCAGCUUCAGAGCAGUGUCAGCCAGAGUGAAAAGGACGCAGCCAUCGCAUCCCUAAGUGCGCGGUACGACGGGCAGCAACGCAAACUGCAGGAGCAGGUGCGAGACUUGUCCCUGGAGGUCGACACUCUGAGUAGAGAGAAGACGUCUGCUCUGGAGCAGGCGGGUCACUGGUCCAGCAAGCUCUCAGAGUGGAAGGCGGAAGCCCAGGCAGAGUGCGCACGGUAUCAGAGCACUAUCCGAGAGCUGCAGGCGCAGCUAGAGCUAAAAGCAAAAGAAGCUAGUGAAAAGGAGGGGCGGAUCCAUUUGCUGAAGGAAGACCUUGAUCAGCAAAGUAAGAGGAUUGAAAGUUUACAGGGUGAGAUGGAGGAUAAGAAGAGCAGCAUGGAGAAGAAGGAGUGCAGCUUAGAGACUGAACUGAAGACCCAGACGGCGAGGAUGGCAGAGCUCGAGGACCGCAUCUCUCAGAAACAAGUGGAGGUCGAGGCCUUGAACGAAGCGCUCAGAGACUGCACUCGUCAGAAGGACGCGGAGCAGAAGGAGCUGCUUCAGAAACUGGAGCGCUUCCGCGAGCAAGGAGAGGAAAAGGACAACAGGGUCCAAGAAGCUGAGGACAGAGUCUCAAGACUGGAGAAGCAGGUGUGUUUCCUGGAGGCCGAGCUGGAAACGAAGAUAAAAGAACUAGAUCAGGUGAGCUCCAGUGCGCGAAGCAAAGAGGACGAGCUGAAAGCCCUGAGGGAGAGACUUGAGCAGGAGAGCGCCUCGAAGGCAGCCGAGCUGAAGAAGAAAGCCGAGCAGAAGGUUGCCGCCAUCAGGAAGCAGCUCUUGUCUCAGAUGGAGGAGAAGGAACAGCGGUACAAAGCAGGGGCAGCAAACCAGCUGAGCGAGCUAAGUGCAAAGCUGCAGGAAAGAGAAGAACAAGUUCACGUCUUGGAAGAAAAGCUCAAGACCAUGGAGAUAACCUCACAGUCAGAAACACCAGUUGUGUCCAGAUCCAUAGUAAAUGAGGCAGCAUGUGCGGAGCGGGCGGCAGAGCCCCCAGGCUGUGCGCCGAAGGAGUGUGAAGGAAGCUUCCCUGAGAAAGAGAGUGUGCCGCCGAAGGGACGAGAAGAGGCCGCCACUCCUCACGCUGCUCUGCAGUGCGGGUCGCGGGAGCUGCCCGCCAAGCUGGAACGGGCUGAAGCAAAGCAGCGGGAAGACCUAGAGCUGAUGGACCACCUUCAAGAAGAGCUUGAAGAAAAGAAGAAAUACUGCUUAAUUGUGUCACAACAUAUGGAAGCAGGAGGAGGUGAAAAUAAUACAGGAACAAAGAAAAACUGGGAAAAUGUGGUUGACGGUUUCCAGAAGACCCUCAAGGAAAAAGAACUCACCUGCCAGAACCUGCAGCAAAAGAUAAAAGAGCUAGAAUCGGACUUAGCAAGGGAGAAGGACGUGCACAGAGCUGAAGUGGAAGAGCUGGCCUCAAAAUACGGAAAGUUGCAGACCUCACAGCAGGACACGGAUGGAAAAACCAAACCCUCCAGAGUGUUGGAAGACAGUCCCGAGGAAAAGUCCAGCUCACAGGAGAUCCAACGGCAAGUGCUGAGUCCCGUGAAAGCGCAGCCCAGGGACCUGGAGGCCGAGUUAGCAGGGGCGGAGCGGGAGAAGCAGAGGCUGAGCAAGGACAUCGCCAGGCUGCAGAAGGACCUUCGGAUGUUGAGGAAGGAGCAUCAGCAGGAACUAGACAUCCUGAAGAAAGAAUGUGAGCAAGAAAUGGAGGAAAAGAUCAAACAGGAGCAAGAAGACCUUGAGUUGAAGCAUGGCUCCAUGCUGAAACAGCUGAUGCGAGAGUUCAACACGCAGCUGGCUCAGAAGGAGCAGGAGCUGGAAAGGACCAUCAAAGAGACCAUUGAUAAGGCACAGGAAGUGGAAGCUGAACUUUUGGAAAGCCACCAAGAAGAGACCAAUCAAUUGCGUAAGAAAAUUGCUGAAAAAGAUGAUGAUCUAAAAAGGACAGCCAAAAGAUACGAAGAAAUCCUUGAUGCCCGCGAAGAGGAAAUGACUGCAAAAGUUAAUGACCUCCAGACUCAGCUUGAGGAAUUGCAGGAGAAAUACGAACACAAGCUACAGCAAGAAGAGCAGGCCGGCAGCCAUAGCGUAGCAAUUAUGGAACUACAGACACAACUAGCACAGAAGACGACUCUCAUCAGUGACUCCAAGCUGAGAGAGCAGGAGUUCAGAGAACAGAUUCACAAUUUAGAAGACCGUUUAAAGAAGUAUGAAAAGAAUAUAUAUGCAACAACAGUGGGCACGCCUUACAAAGGUAGCAAUUUAUAUCAUACUGAUGUCUCACUGUUGGGAGAACCUACCGAAUUUGAGUACUUGCGGAAAGUGCUUUUUGAAUAUAUGAUGGGUCGUGAGACUAAGACCAUGGCAAAAGUCAUAACCACUGUUCUAAAGUUCCCUGAUGAUCAGACUCAGAAAAUUUUGGAAAGAGAAGAUGCUCGGCUGAUGUUUCCUUCACCUCGCAGUGGUAUCUUCUGAGUAAACCACCAGUCUGUGCUUAGUUAGCAUGUGUCCUGGCUCCGACCUUCGUCUUGAAGAAGUGGGGAGAGUGAGGUGGGGUGACUGCUGCUCGCAACAGUGUCUACGCCCGCUCCUCUUGGAGAAUGAAGCUGUCAUUCAGGGCCAUUUGUAUCACUAGGAGACGACAAAAUGUCUUGCACUGGCCACAGAUAUACUGCAGGUGAUGGUGAAAUAGAUUUUUUUUUUAAAAAACCAGUGGAGAAAUGGCCAUGGGUUUUCCUUUUUCUUCAGUUUUUCUCUUGGGAAGAGUUUUAUGUUGUUUAAAAUAAAUAUUUUGAAUUAUCCUGAUUUAUGAGACCACUUAAUGUUCUUCCAUUCUUCUUGUCCCUCUUUUUAAAGAACUGCUUGUCUUUCUUAUUUAUUUAUAGAGUGAUUUUUUUUAUAAGGACUUGUGCAAUACAUUUUGGGGUGAAAUUUAGUGGACAUUUUUCUGAUAAAUUAGAAAAUUUAAUUGACUAUUGCCAGAUUAAUUUUUCAAAUAUUUGUUAAAGACUAAUUCAUGAAGCUAUGACAUGUGGAAGCCCUCAAUGGCAGCACCUCAUUGUUUACCUAGCUUUUGUACUUAUAUUUUUCAGAGGAGAAAACACUAUUGUAAAUUGUAAAUAGCCAAUACCUAACUAUUGGAUGCAGAUCUGUAACUGUUGUCAAUGGCAUCUCAUAGGAACAGAUAAAUAAAGUUUAUUUCCUAUA